CGCCUGCCCCCCCCUUCCCUGAACUCUCACUAGUCCCCCGCCUACCCUUCCUUUACAGACACUCCUGCUAGGGGCGCUGGCACUGCCCCUUCUCCUCCCUACCUGUCGCCCCCCUUCCCGUCCGGCUGCUUGCAGCCCCGAGCCCUGGGAGCCGGUCUGGCCGUGAAUGACUCUGCCCUGAUCGCUUUGUCCUCCCCGGUGCGUUCGCCGAGCCCCCGGCCGCCGCCGAGAUGAGCAUGAACGGCGAGUCCCACCCGCGGCUCAACACCUUGGCCCGGAUGGUCAGAGCCGAAUCCGGCCCGGAUAUGCGCUACGAGAUGAACUCCCAUAUGGUGGGGGGCGGGGGCGGCGGCAGCAGCAGCAGCCAUGCUACCCACAAAAUGUACACCAUCCAGAAGAACUAUGUACAGGACUUCAGCUCGGAGGGAUACGGUCAAAAUGGUACCGGUACCAUGUCGAGACGUCAGAACACCAUUCAGGAUCUUUUGCAGAACUGUGCGGAUUGCCUGAUGCGUGCUGAACUUAUAGUGCAGCCUGAACUGAAAUAUGGGGAUGGCAUUCAAAUAAGCAGGAACAGAGAACUGGAAGAAUGUUUUGCACAGGCUAAUGAACAUAUGGAUAUCCUCGAUGGGCUGAUCAGAGAGAUGAGGCAAAUGGGCCAGCCUUGUGAUUUGUAUCAGAAAAGGCUUCUUCAGCUUCAAGAGCAAAUGCGUGCCCUUUACAAAGCCAUCACUGGGCCUCGCGUCCGGAGGGCCAGCUCUAAGGGUGGUGGCUGCUAUUCCUCUCAGAGUGGCUCAGGCUGGGAUGAGUACACCAAACGCAUCACCAGUGAAUGUUUGGGUUGGAUGAGGCAACAGAAGUCUGAAAUGGAGUUAGUGAAAUGGGGUUUUGACGCAGCAGCUAUUGAGCAACAAAUUAAUGACCACAGGAGAUUUCACAAUGCCAUCGGGGACUAUCGCUGGCACCUGGACAAAGUGAAAACAGAUCUGCGUGAGAAGGCUGCAGUUCAUCAGCUAGAAGAAGAAUAUGAAACCCUUCUGAGAUCCUCCUUUGAGAGAAUGGAUCAACUGCGUCAGUUUCAGAACCUCAUCCAAGCCACUAGCAGAGAGAUCAUGUGGAUCAAUGACUGUGAGGAAGAGGAGCUUCUGUAUGACUGGAGUGACAGGAACACAGAUAUUGCCAGGAAGCAGGAGGCCUUUUCUAAACGCAUGAGCCAGUUGGAACUUAAAGAAAAAGACCUCAACAAACUUAAGCAAGAAAGUGACCAACUAGUGCUCAAUCAGCACCCUGCUUCUGACAAAAUUGAGGCAUACAUGGACACACUGCAAACUCAGUGGAGCUGGAUUCUUCAGAUCACCAAAUGCAUUGAUGUUCAUCUGAAGGAGAACGCAGCAUACUUUCAGUUUUUUGAAGAGGCUCAAUCCACUGAAAACUACCUGAAGAACCUACAGGACUCUGUCAGAAAGAAGUACAUAUGUGAUAAGAACAUGUCACUCCAAAGCCUACUGGAACAGAUCAAAGAACUUGAGAAUGAACGAGAGAAAAUUCUGGAAUACAAGAGGCAAGUGCAGAACUUGGUGAAUAAGUCCAGGAAGAUUGUGCAGUUGAAGCCUCGUAACCCAGACUACAGGAGUAACAGGCCCAUUAUCCUCAAGGCCCUGUGUGACUACAAACAGGAUCUGAAAACCAUCCGGAAAGGAGAUGAAUGCAUACUGAAGGACAACACUGAACGCAGCAAAUGGCUUGUAACUGGGCCAGGAGGAGUAGAUAUGCUGGUGCCAUCUGUCAGUCUUAUUAUUCCUCCUCCUAAUCCAUUAGCUGUGGAUCUUGCUACUAAGAUUGAGCAGUACUAUGAAGCUAUUCUGGCUCUGUGGAACCAGCUAUACAUCAACAUGAAGAGUCUGGUGUCCUGGCACUAUUGCAUGAUUGACAUUGAGAAAAUCAAGGCUAUGACUAUUGCUAAGCUGAAAACCAUGCGCACAGAAGAUUAUCAGAGAAUCAUAACUGAUCUGGAGAUCCAUUACCAAGAAUUCCUUAGGAACAGUCAAGGCUCAGAGAUGUUUGGUGAUGAUGACAAACGGAAAAUCCAGACUCAGUUCACUGAUGCUCAGAAGCACUAUCAAACCUUGGUUAUACAACUGCCAAGUCAACAACGGCCUCAGCAACAGCAGCAAGUGGUAACAACUGAAAUCACUCAGUUGGAUGCACCAAAACAAGUUCUAAUUAAUGAAAGAAACCGGGAACUUGAGAAGCAGGAGGCCUGGCUGCUGACAGAACUCCAGAAACUUCGUCGGCAAAUAGAAAUCUGUGAGAUGCGUAUGGUGCAACGAACCCCACUCAGAGUGGAUCAGGGGGCGUCCCACAAUUUUUCAGUCAAAAUAAAUGAGUUAGAGGGUAUACAGAAUGAUUCACAAACAAUGGCUGACACCCUCAACAAGCAUAAGGACCUGCUGCCCAACUUCAGAGGCUCUGAAAAGUAUGUCUAUUUGCAGUUGGAGAUAACUAACUUGUUUCAGAAACUGGAAAAUAUUAAUGGUGUGUCUGCUGGCUACUUAGACAGUUUGAUUGCACUGAGAUCACUGCUCCAGGUUAUUCUACAAGCAGAAGAUGUGAUCAAAGUUUUUGAAGUCAGACUCACCGAAGAGGAAACGGUUUCUUUGGACCUUGAUAAAGUGGAGGCUUACCGAGCCUGUCUGAAGAAAAUGAAAGUAGACCUAAACCAGAAAAAGUCAUUGCUGAACGCCCUGGAAUCUGAGCUGCAGAAAGUGAUGCAAAUCCACUCGCAGUCUAGCCAGGCUUAUGUUCUCUAUGAUUUGGACCUUGGGAAGUACACUGACAAAGUCAACCAGCUAACAGACCGUUGGCACAGGGUAGAGAAACAGAUAGACCACAGAUCAUGGGAUCUAGAAAGACAGGUCAAACAGCUGAAAACUUACCGUGAUUUAUACCAGGCUCUGAACAAAUGGAUCUGUGAUGCUAAGCGCAGGCAAGAUGCAAUUGAAGCUGUGAAAUUAGGAGAUUGCAACACCAUCAUGAGAUAUUCACAUGAGCAGAAGAACUUGCAUAGUGAAAUAACAGGAAAACGAGACAAAGUGGAGGAGGUUCUCAAGCAAGCAGAUCUGUGUGCAGCUGCAAUUAAGGAUUAUGAAUUACUGGCUGCUUCCUACAGUUCAGGACUGGAAACGUUGCUCAACAUACCUAUCAAGAAGACUAUAGUUCAGUCACCUGCAGGGUUGAUUCUUCAAGAGGCUGCAGAAAUUCAGUCUCGGUACAUAGAACUUCUUACAAGAUCAGGGGAUUAUUACAAAUUCUUAAGUGAAAUAUUGAAGAGCAUGGAGGAUUUGAAGAUGAAAAGCACUAAAAUUGAAAUGCUUGAAGAAGAGCUCAGGCUUGCCAGAGAUGCAAAUUCUGAUAAUAGCAACAAGUAUAAAUUUCUGGAACAGAAUCUGCAGAAGUUCCAGGUGGACUGUUCCCAGCUCAAAGCAAAGCUCAUGAGUCUAGAGGAGUUGAAGAGACAAGCUGAGAUAGAUGGCAAUUCUGCUAAGCAAAACCUGGACAAAUGCUAUGGUCAGAUAAAGGAUCUCAAUGAUAGGAUAACCAGACUCACUUAUGAGAUUGAAGAUGAGAAAAGGAAAAGGAAGCAGAUGGAGGAUAGAUACGAGCAGCAGAAAAAUGACUAUGACCAACUGCAGAAAACAAGACAAAAUGAGAAAGAUAGCCUGAGCUGGCAAAAGUUAGAGUCUGAGAAGUUCAUCAAGGAGAAAGAGUACGAGAUAGAAAAGUUAAGGGUUCUUCUCCAGGAUGAGGGCGUACGGAAGAGGGAAUAUGAAAAUGAGCUGGCUAAGGUAAGAAACCAGUUUAACGAGGAGAUGAGUAAUUUAAAGAACAAAUAUGAGACUGAAAUUAAUAUUAAGACGACCACAAUCCAUCAGCUAGCUUCCCAAAAAGAAGAUGAUACAAAAAGUCUCAGAAACCAGUUGGAUAGAGUGGCAAGGGAGAACAGAGACCUUAAAGAUGAGAUUGUGAGACUCAAUGAUGCCAUUUUGCAAGCAACAGAGCAACGAAGGAGAGCAGAAGAAAAUGCUCUUCAGCAGAAGGCCUGUAGUUCUGAAGUGUCACAGCAGAAGCAGCAGCUGGAGCUGGAGUUGAAACAGAUAAUUCAGCUGCGUAAUGAAGACAACUCAAGGUAUAAGCAGGCACUUGAGGAGGCUGCAUUAACUAUCCAGGAAAAAACAAAGGAACUGGAAAGAUUAAAGAUUCAGCUUCAGGAAGAGGCUAAAAGCCAAUGGCAACUUGAAAAUGAACUGGCUAAGGUAAGGAACAAUUUUGAUGAGGAAAUUAUUAGUUUAAAGAACAAGUAUGAGACCGAAAUUAAUAUCACCAAGACUACGAUUCACCAGAUUACUGUGCAAAAAGAAGAGGACACAAAUAAUUACCGAACACAGCUUGACAAUGCCAUGCGAGAAAAUAGGAAUUUGUGUGAGGAGAUUAGGAGACUGAAGAACACAAUAAGUCAGACAACAGAGAACCUUAUAAAAAUAGAGGAAAAUGCUCAACAGCAGAAAGCAGCUAGCUCAGAGAUCUCCCAGAAGAAACAUCAACUGGAGGUUGAGCUAAAACAAGUCAUUCAGAUGCACUCGGAAGAAACCGUGCGAUACAAGCAGUCACUUGAUGAUGCGGCAAAGACAAUUCAAGAGAGAAACAAAGAGAUUGAAAGACUGAGAAAGUCAUUUGAAGUGGAAACAAGUAAAAGGAAGGACUUAGAGGAGGAAAAUAAACAGUUACAAAGAGUUCAGUUUGAUCUGCAGAAAACUAACGUCAGUGCAACAGAGACGAUUAACAAACUGAGGAUCCAGGAACAGGAACUGACACGACUGAAAAUUGAAUAUGAAAGAAUUUCACAAGAGAAGAAAGGGAAGGAUCAAGAAAGUUCAAAGUUGCAAAACACUAUAAAAGACUUGCAGCACCAGAAACAUAAACUGGAAGAGGAACUUUGUAGGCUGAAUAAAAACACAAUGGAGGAGUCUUCCAAGAGGAAGAAAGUAGAAGAGGAAUUAGAAAGUAUGAGGAGAUCUUUCAGAGAGCAGUCAGUUAAAAUCACCAAUCUCACUCAGCAGAUAGAGGAAGUGUCCAUUGUAAAGAAAAGGAGUGAAGAUGACCUUAAGCACCAGAGAGAGUUACUAGAUGGUCAAGUAAGAGAAAAGCAGAGAUUCAUAGAGGAGAUAAGAAAAUACACAUCCGAGAUUGAAACUUUAAACCACCAGUUGGUUCAAGAGCAGGAACACUUAAAACAGGCUCACCUCCGAAGUGAGCACUUGCAGAAAGCUAUUGAGGACAAAAGCAGGAGCCUGAAUGAGUGCAAAAUAGAAAUUGAAAGACUUCAGUCUCUUACUGAGAACCUUACUAAGGAACACUUGAUGUUAGAGGAAGAGCUGCGCAAUUUAAGAUUGGAAUAUGAUGAUCUAAGAAGGGGCAAAAGUGAAGCUGAUGGUGAAAAAAAUGCUACUAUUGCUGAACUAAAGAAUCAACUCAAAACAAGCAGCAAGCAAACCCUGGAACUUCAGGGGCUGAUUAAUGAUUUGCACAGAGAAAGGGAAAAUUUGAGACAGGAAAUUGAAAAAUUCCAAAAGCAGGCUCUAGAGGCAUCCAACAGGAUUCAAGAAUCUCAAAAUCAGUAUACUCACAUUAUGCAAGAAAGAGAGACACUGCUGAUGAAAAUAAGUACCUUGGAACAAGACAGGGCAAGGCUGCAGAGAUUAGAAGAAGAGCUGAACCGUGCAAAGAUUACACUGGAAUCAGAGUCUCGUUUGAAACAACGGCUGGAAAGUGAGAAACAACAAAUCCUGAAUGACUUAAAUCAGUGGAAGAGCCAGUAUUCCCGAAACGAAGAGACCAUUAGAAAGUUUGAAUCUGAGCGAGAGAAGAGCGAGAGGGAGAAGAAUGCCCUGAGGGUUGAGAUUGAAAGGUUACAAAUGGAGAUUAAGAGGAUUGAAGACCGAUACAAGUGCAGAUUGGAAGAGGUGAGCUGCAAAAGCCAAUCGGAGAUGGAUGCUGAGCGCCUCAGAAUGCAAAGGGAGAUUGAGAAACUUAAGUAUCGCCCAUGUGGAUCCCACAGAUGUACUCAGACGGAAGAGGAAUUUGCCAUUGAUCCUUCCAAAUUGCUGUUUAAUGGGCUGCGUAAGAAAAUUACAGCAAUUCAGCUCUAUGAAUGUCAGUUGAUAGACAAAAACACCCUGGAUAAGCUCCUGAGGGGGCAAAGGUCAGUGGAAGAAGUUGCUGCUGACAUUGAACCUUAUCUUAGAGGGGCAGGGGCUAUUGCAGGAGCAUCUCUUACUCCAAAGGAGAAGUACACUUUGUUGGAGGCCAAACGGAAGCAGCUUCUUACCCCAGAAAACACAGUCCUGCUUUUAGAAGCUCAGGCAGCUACAGGAGGCGUGAUUGACCCGCACAGAAAUGAGUUGUUGACUGUGGACAGUGCGAUUGCCAGAGACCUCAUUGACUUUGAUGACCGAGAACAAAUCUAUACAGCAGAGAAGGCUAUUUUGGGAUUUAAAGAUCCAUUCUCAGGAAAAACAGUGCCAGUGUCUGAUGCCAUCAAGAAAAAUCUGAUUGACAGGGAAACUGGGAUUCGCCUGCUUGAAGCCCAGAUGGCUGCAGGAGGCAUUGUUGACCCUGUCAACAGUGUUUUCUUGCCAAAAGAUGUUGCUUUGUCUCGUGGGUUGAUUGACAAAGACCUGUACAGAGUCCUGAAUAACCCUCAAGGUGCUUCAAAGAAUUUUAUUGACCCUGCAACCAAGAAGGCGGUCAGUUACAUCCAGCUGAGGGAAAAAUGCAGGAUUGAACCUCACACUGGCUUACUUCUCCUUCCCGUGCAGAAGAGAAGUAUGUCAUUUCAAGGGAUUAGGCAGCCUGUCCCCAUAAGUGAACUGGUCAGCUCUGGAAUUAUUCAGGAAUCGACAGCAUGUGGUCUCGAAGCAGGCACAAUUAGUGUGGAAGAAGUCAGUGACAGUAUUAAGGAUUUCCUCCAAGGCUCUAGUUGCAUAGCAGGGAUCUACAAUGAGACCACUAAAGAGAAACUUGGCAUUUACCAAGCCAUGAAAAUAGGCCUGGUUAGACCGGGAACAGCCCUUGAACUUCUGGAAGCCCAAGCAGCCACUGGUUUCAUUGUGGAUCCUGUCAGCAGUAUGAGGCUACCAGUUGAGGAAGCUUACAAAAGAGGCCUUGUUGGAAUUGAAUUUAAAGACAAACUUCUCUCUGCUGAAAGAGCAGUCACAGGGUACAAAGACCCGGAAACAGGAAAUAUCAUCUCCUUGUUCCAGGCAAUGAAUAAGGAGCUCAUUGAGAAAGGCCAUGGCAUUCGUUUGCUGGAGGCUCAGAUUGCCACUGGGGGAAUCAUUGACCCCAAAGAAAGCCACCGUUUGCCGGUUGACAUGGCAUACAAACGUGGUUACUUCAAUGAAGAGCUCAAUUUAAUUCUUUCAGACCCAAGUGAUGAUACGAAGGGUUUUUUCGAUCCUAACACCGAAGAAAAUCUGACCUACCUGCAGCUGAAAGAAAGGUGCAUAAAGGAUGAAGCAACAGGGCUCUGUCUUCUCCCCCUGAGAGACAAGAAAAAGGUGGUGCAAACAUCACAGAAGAACACCCUUAGGAAACGCAGGGUUGUUAUCGUAGAUCCAGAAACAAACCGGGAAAUGUCAGUGCAGGAGGCAUACAAUAAAGGUCUCAUAGAUUAUGACACCUACAUGGAACUUUCUGAACAGGAGUGUGAGUGGGAAGAAAUAACUAUUACAGGGUCAGAUGGAAGCACAAGAGUGGUCCUUGUGGACAGGAAAACAGGCAAUCAGUACGACGUUCAGGAUGCUAUUGAUAAGGGUCUUGUUGAAAGGAAGUUUUUUGACCAGUACCGUUCUGGAAGCUUGAGCCUUACACAGUUUGCAGACAUGAUUUCCUGCAAGAAUGGCGGUGAUGAAGUAUUUAAGCAUGAGUCAGUAACUAAAUCUCCCACAGUGCUGAGUGUCAGGAGUUCUUCAGUGAGAAGGAGUGGUUCUUUUUCAGCACCCCUGGAGGAAUGCAGCCCCAUUGCAGCCAUAUUUGAUACUGAAAACUUGGAGAGAAUCUCCAUUUCAGAAGCUAUACAACGGGGCAUUGUUGACAGCAUUACAGGACAGCGGUUGCUCGAAGCCCAGGCCUGCACUGGAGGCAUAAUAUGCCCUACUACAGGCCAAAGGCUUUCACUUCAGGAUGCAGUUGCUCAAGGCAUCAUUGAUCAUGAUAUGGCCACACGGCUCAAGCCAGCUCAGAAGGCCUUCUUAGGGUUUGAAGGCUUAAAGGGUGGCACUAGAAUGUCAGCAGCAGAGGCAGUGAAGGAAAAGUGGCUGCCUUAUGAGGCUGGUCAGCGCUUUCUUGAAUUCCAGUACCUCACUGGAGGCCUCGUCGAUCCAGAAGUGCGUGGAAGAAUUAGUAUGGAGGAAGCCAUUAGGAAAGGAUUGAUAGAUGGACGGAAUGCUCAGAGAUUGCAAGACACUAACAGCUAUACCAAAAUUCUGACCUGCCCCAAAACCAAGCUGAAAAUAUCCUACAAAGAUGCAAUGAGUCGAUCAAUGGUGGAGGACGUGACUGGGCUGAGACUGUUGGAAGCUUCUUCUGUUUCAUCCAAAGGCAUCUCUAGUCCCUAUAAUGUCUCCUCUGCCCCUGGCUCCCGCUCAGGCUCCCGCUCAGGCUCCCAAAGUGGAUCUAGGAGAGGAAGUUUAGAUGCAUCAGCAAAUACUUCAUAUUCUUAUUCCUAUUCAUCCUUCAGCAGCAGCUCUAUCGGGCGUUAGUAGUCAGUUAACAAGUGUAUCUGAAUUUUAAUUUCAUUUAGAUGAAUCUGUAUUACUUUCACUUAAAAACAAAACAAACUGGUUUGUGAUCAUACUAUUAUUUGCUUGGGUGCAGUGACCUUGCUGGAAAAUAAACUCAUGCCCAAAAUAAAUCAUAAAGUCCUUUCUGGGUGUGAUUAACUUCUCUAAUCUUCUUAAAAAGCUGUAAAAUGUUUUGGGUGUAGACUUUUGAAGAGAAGAUUGCAGGACAGCAAAAUGCAACAGUUACGAGUUUCAUAAUUUUUUAAUGUUUGGAUUUUUGUUUAAUCUCUUCCUGUAUAUUUUGCAUGGGCUAUUGUUUGCUUCUCCCACUUCCAUACCCUCAAAAUUGUAAGCUGAUAACCAAGAUUUGAAAAUACUGUAACAGUUUACUUUUUUCCCAGCCUAGCCAUUUUAUUUUAUUUUAUUUUACUUUA